AUGCUCCCGUCGCCACCGGCGCCGCCGCCGAUCUCGCCGGCGCGGCUGCACAAGCUCGUGACCUCCCAGCCGGACCCGCUCCUCGCGCUCGAGCUCGUCACCGUCACCGCGCCGACCACCGCGCCCCACCCGUCGACGCUCCACGCGCUCGCGCUCCGCCUCUCCCGCCGCCGCGAACACCUCCCCCACGCGCUCGCGCUCCUGCGCCGCCUCCCCCCGUUGCCGCUCCACCCCGAGCUUCUCCUCCGCCUCCUCUCCGUUCUCUCUUCCACCGCUUCCUACUUCCCGUGCGCGCUGCACCUCCUCCGCGACGUCUCCACCCGCCUUCCCCUCCCCGAGCCGCUCGUCCUCGCCUCGCACAACCUGCUCAUCGAAGCCGCCGCCCGCUCCGGCCACCUCGCCGUGUCAAUCUCCCUCUUCCAUCGCCUCCGCUCCCUCCAUGUGUCUCCCAACGCCGAGACAUACCGCAUCCUGACCCAGUCACUAUGCCGCAGGGGCCAGGUCCGCACUGCAGCCAACCUGCUCGACGAAAUGCUCCACAGGGGCAUCCCUGCUGACCCACUGGCAUACACCACCGUGCUGAACGCGCUCUGCCGUAAGAAGCAGCUUCGAGAGGCUUACCGCUUGCUGUGCCUCAUGCGAGGCCGUGAGGUCUCACCUGACAUUGUACAUUACAACACGGUCAUCGUCGGAAUGUGCCGUGAGGGACGGCCACUGGAUGCCUGCAAGGUGUUCAGAGAUAUGAGGGAGAGUGGGUGCGCGCCAAAUGCGGUGGCAUAUACUGCGGUGGUCAAUAGGUUGUGUGUGAGUGGAUUAUAUGACAAGGCAGAGGCAUACCUUGAUGAUAUGUUGGGCAAAGGGUUACUACCACAUUUCUCUGUGUUCCAUUCAGUGAUUAAGGGAUGCUGUGCAGUUGGGAAGGUCAAUGAGGCUGCAGGGAUGAUGACUCGAAUGCUUGAUCUUGGAAUGGUUCCACAUGCUGAGACCUGGAGUUCAGUGAUCAGGAGUGUUUGUAGUGAUGAGGAUAAUGUCGAGGUGGUUUUGUUGCAAGUGAUGAAAGGAAUAAAGCACCUCUCAAACAUAAAUUCAAGGAGUACUUGGACAUGA